AACAUAAAUGAGUAUCUUCAAAUAAAAAGUAUAAAACAUCUUAAGAUAACAAAAAUAGGCAAAACUUCAAAUUUUACAUCCUGAUUUCUGAGGCAAAAGCAGCAUUUGGCAAAAUGUGUGUUGAGUUUGGGAAAACAAAAAUUUCUUAGGGAACUACAGCCUGAGCUGCUGAAGCCUAUAUUGGUCAUUAGCAAGGCUGGUCUGACUGUAAUGUAACUAAUCCUCUUCCUUGGGUGGGUAGAUAGAUGGCAACGACCAUAUCUGGUGGUGGGGUCUUCGGUCUUUGCUUACCCUUGGGCUCACAUAGAACUAUGAUCCUCUGACAAUGGCAAGAAAAAAAAAAAAAAAGAAAGAGUAAAAUUAAUUGAUAAACAAUAAGGUAUUUGGUUCUUUUGCUCUAAAACAACAAACAACCCAGAGCUAAUUAAAUUUAAACCUAUCUGCCUAAGAAGCACAUGUGGGAUGGCAGGCUGUAUCAAUAUAGUCAUUAACAGGUUGAGCAGAUGAUAUCAUGUAACCAAUUAACCAUCCUCAAAACUAAAUUGAUUUUGCAGGCUGACCCCUGAGCGUCCCAUUAAUGAUAACCUGCAUGAGGUGACAUGACAUACACACACAACUUCUUUCUUCAGGAGCAGAAACUUCUAUUCAUCAUGUGCCUGCAUGAGUUAUUCAUACCUCACAUCCCUUCUUCCCCACUCUCCAUAACAAGUCCUAUAGACAGGAAAGAAAUACUAAUCACAUAAACAAAAAAGAGAUUGUACUCAAUAUGCCAAAAAUUCAGGAUGCUGAAAAUAGGUACUGCAAAGUACUACUUACUAACAUUAAUCAAGAUUGAAAACGAGAUUGGUAAUUUAGUAACAAAUGCUCAAAAAAUAAUUAUCUUGCUGUUCAUUUUACUGAUCCUGAUUUGCUACUUCAGUUUCAUAAAUGAUCACUCUCAACCACUUUAACUAAUUAAGGAAAAUAUUUGCA